CUUCACUCAAACAAGCUCACUCUCUUCUUCUUCCUUCUAAGCUCGCAGAAAUGUUUCUUUGAGCUUAGAAGGCCUGAGAAUCAGGAUUGAUCCCUUUCUGCUCUUCUUCUCGAAGGCUCGUUAACAUGGGGAAGGAAAAUGUAGUUUCUGCCAAUGUUAGGGUGCUUAGUGGUCGAAUCACGCGUGCUCGUGCUGCUGCUUUGCGCCAAUCUGGGCAGUUGCCACCACUGAGUUCCUCCAAUCAUUUAGGUCAGAAACGGGUUCUUCAAGUAAAAGCAAAAAGAGCAGCCUUGGAUCAGAACAACUCUAGUGCAUCUGACAAAGCAUGCCUUAAACAUAAGAAGAGAGCUGCACUUCAGGAUGUCACCAAUGUUUGCUGCAACAGUGCACGCAGAAGCUGCUUUAGUGUAACCAAAAUCCAGCCUAAAGUCACUAAGAAGGCUAAAAAGGACCUGGCAAAUGUGUCGAAAGUGGCACCUUCUGUAGCUGCAGAACUCGAGCAUCUGCAACCUGACAUACAAAGGAAAUGCAUCCAAGAGACUUUAAAAGCAGUAACUAAAUCACAAGAAGCUUCAUGCUCAAUUAAUCUCAAAGAAGAUGCUUCAGUUUGGUCAACUACCACAUGGAACAAUGGUAAGGAUGACCAUUGUGCUGCAAAUAACAGUUCUGGAGUGCUCUCUCAACCCCAAAGUCCUUCAAGAAAAGAGAAGGUUGGCUUUUAUGGGAACUUGGUCACUUCAUGUGAUCCUGAAUUUAUAGACAUUGAUUCAGACAUGAAGGAUCCUCAAUUCUGCCGCCUUUAUGCCCCAGCUAUAUACACCAAUUUGCGAGUUGCUGAGCUUGUCCGCAGGCCAUUUCCUAAUUUCAUGGAGACAAUACAGCAGGAUAUCUCACAAAACAUGCGGGGAAUCUUGGUUGAUUGGCUUGUCGAGGUCUCUGAGGAAUAUAAGUUGGUGCCUGAUACACUUUACCUCACAGUGUAUUUGAUUGAUUGGUUUCUCUGCGAGAACUAUGUAGAAAGGCAAAAACUUCAACUGUUAGGCAUCACUUGUAUGCUGAUCGCCUCCAAGUAUGAAGAAAUCUGUGCACCACGUGUAGAAGAGUUUUGCUUCAUCACAGACAGCACUUACGUGAGAGAGGAGGUACUGAAAAUGGAGACUCAAGUGCUGAAGUAUUUUGGUUUUCAAGUAUUUGCACCCACUGCAAAAACAUUUCUAAGAAGAUUUUUAAGAGCAGCACAAGCUUCUUACAAGAGCCCUAGUUUCGAGCUGGAGUUUUUGGCUAAUUAUCUUGCAGAACUGACGCUAAUUGACUAUGAUUUCUUAAAUUACCCUCCUUCCACAAUUGCUGCAUCAGCUGUAUUUCUUGCCAGAUGGACAUUGGAUCAGUCAUGCCACCCAUGGAAUCCAACUCUUGAACACUACACAGCAUACAAGGCAUCAGAUCUAAAAACCACAGUUCUUGCAUUGCAGAAUUUACAACUGAACACUGAUGGCUGUCCACUAAAUGCUAUACGCAUGAAAUACAGGCAAGAGAAGUUUAAAUCUGUGGCUGCUUUGUCUUCCCCGAAACUGCUUGAAACACUUUUCUAGAAUAAAUGGCUGCUGCUUCCUCUUCACUGCCAGGGCUACUAACAGAUGACAUACGUUUCCACAGAAUCUUUUCAUUUCCUCAGGAGGUUGUACCUAGUCUCUAAUCUUUAUCCUCUAACCUCUUCAUAACCAUUCAUUUCUGUUCAGUAAUUGUCAACUAUCGUCCAUGACCAUAAGUUUACCACUUCUAAGGCUUUGGUUCUGGCAAAACCUUGUCUUUGUAAGGUUGUACCUUAGACAGCCACUCUAGGAAUGUUAGAUCGCAGGGUUCAAAUUCAAAAAACUGUUGAUAUCAAUUCUUUUUUCACUUUGCAGUGUCAGAACAUGAGAUUGGGAAUUAAUUUGUGGGGUUGUAUGUAUGCUGAGGAGAAAUGUAACUACUAGUUAAUUGUAAACUUGGCAGCCAAUCACUCUACUUUGGAACCAAGUUUUCUUUGUAACUUGCUUCAAGUUGUGCUCUAGUACUCUUUUUUUUUUUGCCUCUAAAAUAUUUUCCUGUGUUUUUGCAUUGCUUAUGUUUUCUUCUUCAUAAGUUUAUUGAUGUUAGUUCAUCUACUUAACAAAAUUUUAGUGAAAAA